AUGAAUAAAUUACAGGAAGAAAAAUAUUUUAACGAUGAGAUCGAUAAAAUAGAUGAAAAAACAUAUUUGUAUGAAAAACAAUUUCUUCGAAAUUUAAAAGAACAGAUAAAUGAAAUGUACAAUGAUAAAGAAAAAGAUCAUUAUUUUAUUGAUUUAGAAGAUGAUGAAAUUUACCAAGAAAGUGGAGUAGCAUGGAUGAGAGAAAUCAAAGAAAAUAAAGAAAAUAAUAAAGAAAAAGGAAAAAAACAUAAUCUUGAAGAUAAAGAUAUCUCAGAUCCAAAAAGAAGAAAUAAGAGAAUAAUGAAACCAGAAAAAGAAUAUAAUAAAAAAUCGAUCUCAUUUGUGCGUUCAAUAUUGGUGAAAUGUGAAUUUAUGGAAGAUGUUUCUCCUUUAACAAUCAGUGCUAUUUUUGAUAUAUAUAAAGAAUCAACAGCAUAUUCUUCAGCAUUAGCAACAUUGAUUGAUUUUUACAAGAAAGCAAAAGCAAGAUAUUUCACAAAACUUGAUAUUGUGUACAAAAUAUUGGUAUUACAAAGUCCAGAUCUCGAAUUGAAUGAAUUAAUUGAAAAUAUCUUUGACGGUUUAGAAGUAUGA